UGUUGCCGUCCUAUAUUAAUGUUAAUUUACCAACCAUCUUAUUCUUCCGAUUCAUAUGAUUCCCCACAUUCAAGAGCAGACAAGAACCUUUGUGAAUUGUGAUGUCCGAUUUUAGUGUUUCACUGGUAAGAUAAUCUUUCUAUGAUUAAGAAAAGCAUUGACAGGCUAGCAAUUUGAACCUGGAUUCUCAUAGUUUCCAUCGGCACAGCUAGCAAAUUGCGGUAGGCCAGGCCAGGCCAGUCCAACAACACAGAGCCGGAGGUCCCAAAUAACAAAAUCACAAGGCCGUCUAAGGACGUCAAGCUCUUAAAUUCAUUAUCUACACUUUAGUUGCUGUCAUGGUGCUGAUAAUUACAAUUCAAUGUGCAGGAACUCGUAGUUUUGUGUAUAAAUAUGAGACUCACAAUCUUACACAUUUCAUUGGAAAGGUUUCAAGAACAUGGAAUUAAUUAAAGAGUUUCCUCUCUUCUUCCUGUUUACACUAUUAUUUCUUUUCCAUGCUAAGAUAGUGUUAGGAGAGAGGUCCAGUUAUAUUGUCCACAUGGACAAAUCCUUCAUGCCCAAGGCAUUUGCUAGCCACAACCAUUGGUAUUCCUUUACUAUCAAAUCUCUGAAAUCUGUGAGCUCCAAAUCUUUGGACCACCAUAGAAAACCACUAAAACUAGUUUAUACGUAUGACAACGUAUUUCAUGGAUUCAGCGCUCUGUUGUCAAAUGAUGAACUAGAGGCUCUCAAGAAAUCACCAGGAUUUGUCUCUGCCUAUAGCGACAGGAAUGUCACGCUUGACACCACUCACACAUUUGAGUUUCUCUCCCUAAAUCCUGUCACAGGAUUAUGGCCGGCUUCAGAAUAUGGCAAAGGUGUGAUUGUGGGCGUUAUUGACACAGGAGUGUGGCCUGAAAGUCUAAGCUUCAAUGAUGACGGAAUGACUGAAGUUCCUUCAUGGUGGAAAGGGACAUGCGAGGCGGGACAAGAAUUUAAUUCAUCUUUGUGCAAUAGAAAGCUCAUUGGAGUCCGAUACUUCAAUAAGGGAGUUAAAGCUGCAAAUCCCAAUAUAACCCUGAGUAUGAACUCUGGAAGGGAUACACAAGGCCAUGGCACACACACUUCAUCUACUGCCGCAGGAAAUUAUGUCGAAGGAGCUUCGUUUUUUGGCUAUGCUUCGGGGACUGCAAGGGGGAUGGCACCUCGUGCCAGAGUGGCCAUGUAUAAGGUUAUCUGGGACGAAGGUCGCUAUGCUUCUGAUGUUCUUGCUGGUAUGGACCAAGCCGUUGCUGAUGGUGUUGAUGUAAUAUCUAUUUCCAUGGGCUUUGAUGACGUUCCUUUGUAUCAAGACCCAAUCGCAAUAGCUUCUUUUGGUGCCAUGGAGAAGGGCGUGCUCGUUUCAUCUUCAGCUGGAAAUGAGCGUCUCAUUGGAAGUUUACAUAAUGGCAUUCCAUGGGUCCUAACAGUGGCAGCAGGCUCCAUCGAUCGUUUCUUUGCUGGUAGCUUGAUUUUGGGGAAUGGAUUAACAAUAACUGGAUGGAGUAUGUUCCCUGCAGCAGCCCUUGUAACCAAUUUGCCUCUCAUCUACAACAAAACAUUGUCUUCUUGCAAUUCCAGUGAAGCAUUAUCUACUGUCGGAUAUGGGAUAAUCAUAUGCGAAAAUGGUUUCCUUUAUAGCCAAAUGAACUAUGUCUCACAAUCAAAUGUUGCUGCUGCUAUCUUUAUCUCAGACAAUCCAAGUACAUUCGAAUUCAGCGAUUUUCAAUAUCCUGGUGUCGUGAUCAGCUCCAAGGACGCAACAAUCGUGACAGAUUACGCCACAAUCAGUGUAAGCCCAUCUGCUAGCAUCAAGUUUCAACAAACGUUUGUCGGAACGAAGCCUGCUCCUGUUGUGGCUACAUACACCUCAAGAGGCCCUGCGCCGAGUUAUCCAGGCAUCUUAAAACCAGACAUUAUGGCUCCAGGAUCAUUAGUAUUAGCAUCGUGGAUUCCAAAUACUAUAACAGCUGCUAUUGGCUCUAACAUUGGCCUGACUAGUGAUUUUGUUGCUAUCUCUGGAACAUCCAUGGCUUGUCCUCACGCUUCAGGCAUUGCUGCACUUCUUAAAGGCGCACACCCUGAAUGGAGUCCGGCAGCCAUUCGCUCAGCCAUGAUGACUACAGCGAAUCCUUUUGACAAUACGCAAAACUACAUUCGAGAUUCGUACUUCAACUAUGAAAUCGCCACACCCCUAGCCAUGGGAGCAGGACAAGUUGAUCCAAAUCAAGCGCUCGAUCCAGGUUUGAUUUAUGAUGCUAGCCCACAAGAUUACGUGAACCUUCUUUGCUCAAUGAAUUUCACUCAUAAUCAGAUCUCCACCAUCACAAGAUCCAGCUACAAUUGCUCCACUCCGUCAUCCGAUCUAAAUUACCCGUCAUUUAUUGCUUUGUACACCAACAAAACGAGGGACAGUUUGGUUCAAGAAUUCCAUAGGGUUGUCACAAAUGUUGGAGAUGAUGUGACUUCCUACAAGGUUCAAGUGACAGCACCGAGUGGAUCCACAGUUACAGUCUACCCAACGACGCUUGUGUUUGGUCAUAAAUAUGAGAAACAGAGUUAUUCAUUGACUAUACAAUAUAAGAGUAAUAGCACCGGAGCAAUCACAUUUGGUUCAAUAACUUGGAUCGAGGACAACGGCAAGCAUACUGUGAGGAGUCCGAUUGUGGUGUCACCUAUGAUUCCUGUUUGGUGAACUACAACAAAGUUUGUGACAUGGCCAUAAUUCUGGCUACUAUGUCUUCGUUUCAUUCUCUGACUUCGAUUUUAUUGCUGAAGAAAUUUUAAUGUUUCCUAAAGAGCUUUUAAAAUUUUAUGGUAUUUGCAAUAAUAGAAGAUAUGAUGAUUUUAAUUGCUCAUCAUUUAG